AUGUCGGAUAGUAUCCAAGUGGCGAUAAAGGUUCGACCUUUGAUCAAAAGGGAAAAGGACGAAAAUCUUCAAAUCCAAUGGACCGUAGUUGAUAACGUAUUGGUUCCUACAGAUCCCGAGAAAAAGCGCGGUGAAAAGGGGUUUCAGUUUGAUCACAUAUUUGACCCUGACAAAACAAAUAACGAUGUAUUUGAAACUGUUGUUAAGCCAAUUGUUGAUGCUGCAGUCAAAGGUUUCAAUGGUACUGUAUUUGCAUAUGGUCAAACAAGUUCUGGAAAGACUUACACAAUGUUAGGUACUGAAACUGAACCUGGAGUGAUUCCUAUGGCUGUAGAACACAUGUUUGAUUCCAUUGCUGAAACGUGUGGCAGAGAGUUCCUUUUAAGAGUAUCUUACUUAGAAAUAUAUAAUGAAAAAGUUAAUGACCUGCUGGAUACAAACACAGUAGAUCUUAAGCUUCGAGAAGAUAACAAUGGUCUUGUACAAGUGCUCAAGUGUAAGGAGGAAAUUGCCAGUAGUCCAGAUGCUAUUAUGGCAGUUAUGAAAAAAGGUGACAAGAACCGUAGAAUUGGUGAAACUGAUAUGAACGAGAGAAGUAGUAGGAGUCAUACAAUAUUCAGAAUAACAAUUGAAAGUAGAGAUAUGAGUAGUGAUUCUGAUGGAGCCAUUCAAGUUUCACAGUUGAAUUUAGUAGACCUUGCAGGUUCAGAGCGAAUAAGUCAAACAAAUGCGACAGGAGAAAGAUUUAAAGAAGGAACUCAUAUUAACAUGUCACUCUCUACCUUAGGCCUUGUUAUAAAACAACUCAGUGAAUCAGCGGAAUAUACAAAGUAUGUAAAUUUUAGAGACAGUAAGCUGACAAGAUUAUUACAAGCAUCUUUAGGAGGUAAUGCUAUGACAACAAUUAUUUGUGCUGUAACACCAGCAGCUUUUGAGGAAACUCAAUGCACUUUGUGGUUUGCUUCGAGAGCCAAAAGUGUAAAGAACAAACCACAAUUAAAUGAAGUCAUGUCAGAUGCAGCACUUUUGAAACGAUAUAAAAAACAACUUGCUAAAUUAACAGAGGAACUUGAUAAAAUAAAAACUGGAAAUUUUGUAGCAGAAGUGCAAGAAAUGGAAUCCAAACUUCAAGAAAAAGAUAGAUUAAAUCAGUUAUUAGAAGAACGAAUCGAGUUACUGAAAAAUGGUCUCAUUUCUGCAAAUAGUGCUACAAAAGAUGAUGUUGUUUCAAAAAUUCCUAAGUCAAAGCGAAGACGUACAUGGGCUGGAGACAGAGGACUAAGUUCUCGAUUUAGUUUGUUACCAAAAAGUUUGCCUACUAUUGAAGAAGUUGUUACUGUCAGUCCUGAAUCUAAAUCAAAGUCUAUAGAAAAAGCCAACAAUUACAAUAAAAGAAAAAGUAUUAUUCAAACAGUCAACUUUAAUGAAGAGUCAUUUGAAACAGAAUUUACUGAUUUUGAACUGGAAUUAAUAAAAGUUGCCAAAGAACGCGAGGAAGAAACUAACAGUAUCACAGAUUCUGUAAAUAAUGUUAACAAAAUUGCACAAAGAUUAGGAAAUCGAGUGAAAUUUCAAGAUGAUGUUGAAAUUCAUAGACUCAGCAGUGGAAGUUAUUGGAGUGAUAUGUCAAUAACAGAUGGAAAGUUCAAUCAAGCUGAUACAAAACUAGAAUCAUCUCCUGGUACUCCAAAAUCUGUAUUAAGAGAAAAACUUAGUUAUACUAUGGCGGAAUAUGAAGCUCUUCGUGAGUUUUGUAUUUUAGAAAAACAAGCAUUUGCUGAAGAGUCAAAUUUUGAAUCACCAGCAGAAAAAAUAUUUUUGGAAAAUCAAAUUGAGACACUCCAUAAAAGGCUUGAAAAAUAUAGUAUAUACCAGACAGAGCUAGAAGAACAGGCAACAUUGUCACUAAGUUGUAUCUACCAUCUAAGUACCAAAGUUCCAAAUAUUCUAGAAUUAUGGAAACCGAAGAUAUUUAGUGAAGAAAAAGGUGAAAUUGAUAUUCUCAGUGAACUUAAAUAUCUUUUAAAUUUGCUUACCUCUCUGAAAAAUGAACAACAGUUAACAUCUUUAGAAAAGAAAUUAAGCUUUGAAUACAAUGAAUGUCUUCAAGAAUUAGAACAAAUUAAGUCACAAAAUGAAUUAUUAGCUACUGAAAAUAAUGAAUUACAAAAUAAGUUAGCUGAUGAAUCAAAUAAGUUGAAGGAAGCUAAUAUGCGUAUUAAAAAUCUCGCUAAUGAUACUGAUUGUCUUAUGGCAAACUUGUUACAGAAAGAUACAGAGCUAGCUAAUUUGAAAGAAAAGAUGGUUAAGUUAGAAAGAGUAGUGGAUGAAAUGAACAAAUCUACAAAUGAAAGUGCACUUGAAAUAGUAACAGAAAAAGGAACUGAUGUUUCUUUCAAACUAAAUAUAACUACUGAUGCUCAUUUUGAUAGAGAUGCUGAAAUAGCACGGUUAAAUGAAAUGAUUGAAGAGAAAACGAACGAAAUUACAAAACUACGUAAAUUUGAAAAAGAAAUAAAAAUAGAAAAUGAAUGUUUACAAGAGUCUCUAAAUAAAGUAGUUAAUAUUGAUUUACAAUCUACAGAAUGCCAAACUGAAAAAUUUCCUGAGUCUGAUAGUCAAGUAGAAAAUCAAAUGUCUCAACUGGAUGCAAUAAUUCAAGAAAAAACUCUUUGUAUAACUCAUCAUCAACAGAUAGAAAUGGAAAUGAAACAUAAAAUUGAAGACCUGCAAAAAUGUUUGGAUGCUUUCACAAAGAUUGAUAAAACAUCUCAAGAAUGUCAAACAGUGGAAGAAUUGCAACCUGAAAAUAGUAACAAUAUUGUAGUUAAUCAAAAUGAACAUUCUGACAUUCUGAAACUAUCAAAGUUGGUUAAGGAGAAAGACGUUGAAAUUAUAAAUUGCAAGCAGGUUCAUGAACAGUUGAGGAAAGAAAUAAAACAAUUAGAAAUUGCAGUACUAGAUGCAAAAACUGAUCAACAAUAUUCAACUCAAACAUUCCAUUUCAACUUGGACCAAGAAGAUAAUAACAUCAAGAUUGAUUCUGACAAAGGUAGUCAAAUUUGUAGAUUAGAAGAUAUAAUUAAAGAGCAGUCUCUUGAAAUUACAUGUUGCAAACAAUCUGAAGUAAAAGCAAAUAUGCUAAUAGAAAAAUUACAACAUUGUUUGAAAGAUAGUGAUGAACAAGAAAAGAACAAAAAUGAAAAUAUUCAGACUGCUAAUGAUCCAUUCGAUUUACAUAAAAAUAAAGAUAGUGAAAUAUCAAAAUUGUUAGAAAUCAUUCAACUAAAGUCUUCUGAAAUUGAAAAUUACAAGCAAUCUGAAGAAGAACUGCUAAUAGAAAUAGAACAAUUGAAAGAACAACUAAAAAAAACUCAAUCAUCUGAGAAUAUGACAGAAAUUAUUAUGAAUGAAAUUAUUGACAAUAGAGUUCUUGAGAUGACUGAAAUUGUUCAAUCACAAAAUACAGAUAUUGAAAAAUACAAACAUGAACAGGAAAAAUCCGAAAAAGAAAUUCAACAAUUGCAAGAUCAUUUAGAUAAAAUUAUACAAAUAAAGCCAGCAUUCAUAGAGUUCCAAACAGAAAGCGUGUAUGAUAAAGAAAUAAAAUUACUAGAAGAAAAAGAUAAGAAAAUAUUAAAUCAACAGGAUUUGAUUCAUCAUAAAACAAUUGAAAUUAAGCAAUACAAACAACUUGAACAACAUAUGAAAGAGAAAAUUGAAAAAUUAAUGCAAAGUUUAAAUACAAAAGAAAUCGAGCAAUCUUCUACAGAAACUGAUGAAAUUUCAAGGCUUUCAACACUGAUAGAAGAGAAAGAUCACGAAAUCAGUCAUUGCAAACAAAUUGAGCAAGAGUUGGAGACGGAGAUUGAGCGACUGAGAGCAACGAGUGCUCAAAUGAUUUUAGCUAAACCUCAUUCGACACAAAAUUUUGAAAUUGCUGAUGACCAAAUGAUGCAUGUAGAUGAAGAUAAAGAUGAUGAAGUUUCAAAGUUAUUAGCAAUAGUCUAUGAAAAAACAUUUGAAAUAACGAAACGGCAACAAGUUCAAGAAGAGUUAGAGAAAGAAUUGAAAAAAUUACGACAAUGUCGUUAUUCUAUCAAUGCACCAAAGCAAACAGAAAAUCAAGAAAUUCAAACUGAAAAAGAUCUUUAUUAUGAUAACGAGAAAAUAGCUGAAGAGUUAGAAAUGUCCAAUAACAAAAUAAAGAAUUAUCAAGAUGAAAUUGAGAUAUUGAAGCAACAGAUUAAUGAUUUGACAAGUUUUGUUGCAAAUACAAACUCAAAGUCAGAAGAAACAAUUUCGUUCUUUGAGAAAGAAUUGAAUUCAAAGAUCACAGACCUGCGAGAACUGGAGUCUUUGAAUUCUGAGUUACAAAAAUGCAUAGAUAGAAAAACAGAAGAAAUGGUAGAUAUGCAACAAUCAUUUAACAGUAAAGUAUCGGAACUUGAACAAAAACUUGAAACGGUUUUACUAGAACGAAACGAAUUAAAAGAAAAGGUUGAUGCUGGUUUAGCUAAGACUUUAAAACAUGAUUUCGAAGAAAAUACAGCCAAUUUGAAGAAUCUUGUUGAGAAAUUAAAAUCUGAAAAUGAAGAAUUAAAACAUCUUGCAAAAUUAUUUGAAGCCAAUAGAAAAAUUAAUUCGUCAAUAAAUGCAUUGAACGUUUCCGGAACUCUUAGUAAGUGUAAUAUGAGUGUAGCAGAUUCUACAACAAGUCCAAAUAUAAAAUCUAACAUGAGUAAAACAGAUACAACAAAAGAAGUUGAAGCUAAUUUGUUGGAUGCAGAUAACUUUGUCAAACCAUCUUGUGUUACCGUAGAAGAAACAGAAUUAGUUCGCGACAGCUCAAAAGUAAAUGAUUUUGCUAAAGCACAAAUUAAUAAAAAUGAAUUAGAAUCAAGUAGUAUAUUUGCUAAUCAGACCUAUUUUGAUAACAUGGAAGUUGGACAGUCUUUUGCUCAAAAUUUUACAGGUAUUGGAUUUGACGAAAGCAAAGAUGUCUCUAAUAUAUCUACUAAUAUAGACGCUACUAUGACAAAUCAUAUAUCUAUAUCUGAGAAAGCGUCCAAUAUUUCAGUAAUGUCAGAAUGCAAUAAAAACAUGAGUAAAUGUGAAGAUUUAUCUAUAUCUGCUACUUCGGUUUCGUUGUACAAACUUGAUAAUGAGUCGCUCACUUUGGAGGAGCUCAAUAAAUUCAAAGUUGUUUUAGAAAAAGAUAAUGCAAGAUUACGCUUAGAUCUUCAGAAAAAGAUUCACGAAACUGAGGAAAUUCAAAGAGUUUUAAGCGAUUUUAAGCAAACUCUUGGACAACUACAACAAACAAUCGAUAUAUUGACCAAUGAAAACAUGGACAUGUCAAAGCAAUUAUCCGAAGAAAGAGAAAGUCGUAAUCAAGUUGUCAGCAAUUUCCAAAGAGAAAUUGAUGCAUUGUCAACACGCCUCAGCUCGGUGUCAGAAGAAAAGACAUCACUGAAAAGUGAGUUGGCAUUGCUCACUGAACAGUUUGAUAAUGUUCGAGCCAUUUCGCCUGUCAUUAGUGAUGAUGUAAUGAAACAGAAGAUCGGAGAGUACCAAGAAGAAAUCAGAAAAUUAAACGAAGAAAACAUUGCUUUGUCAACUAAUUUAAUGGAUAAAAUUGAAGAGCUUGAAAAAGUAAAAGAAAGUAAAGUACAACUCUAUGAUCAUGAGUGCAUAUACAAAGACAAGUGUGACGAAUUAAUCGAAAAAUUACAGUCUUUAGAAAAAGAAAAUAUUGACUUAUCCAGUGAUUUAACAGAUCAUAUCGAGGAAUGUGAUAAAUUGAAAGAAACUGUAGAAAUUUUGAACCAACAAUUAGAAUUUUACAAAGUUCAACAGUCAAGCGAGUAUUCUAAUAAUAGUGAUUUUGAAUUUUUGAAACAAGAAAACAUGCGAUUGAUAAAUGAGUUAAUUGAGGUGAAAUCUAAACAAGCUCAAUUAGUCCGAGAAAAUGCUAAUUUGUCAUCAAAUCUCAUGUUAGAUAUUAGCAAUGAGCUAAAUCAAUCUACAAGCUCAUCUCACGAUAAAACUACGAACGUACCCUUAGCGCCGCUAGAUUUAUCCUCUUCUGAAGCAAAUAGCAAUAUUCUAAACGUGGAUAAUCUCAAUAAAAAAGUCAAAUUACUUCAGGAACAAGUAGAUCAUUUAACCUCUCUUAAUAAGAAACUUGGUGAACUGAAAUUGACUGCUUGCUCUCAAUGCAUUCAUUUGAAAGAACUUAAUGAAAGUCGAAGAGAGUUGAAACUUCAAGUAAAAGAACUUAGCACAAAGCUUAUUGAUGUCCAGAAAAAAUUCGAGCAGAAGAGUGCUGAUGUGGAAGUAUUGAAAGCCAAAGCUAAAGAAGACUUUGAGGCGAGCAUGAAUUACUUGGAUUCGACACAUAACAGUAGUAUUUACGAUGGAAUGAAUGUUACUGUUUUAGAAGGUAAAGUUAAAAACUUACAAAAUGAACUUGAGGAAGUUAAAGAAAACCAUAACGAAUUGUCGAAUCAAUACAAAGAGAAAUGUAAAGAGUUGGAAAAUUUGCAAUUGGACAGUAAUUCAUUACUCUGUGAGAAAUCAGAUACUAGACGCUCAAAAUUAAAUACACCGUCUCGUAAAAUUUCAAGAGUUCAAGCAUUGCAUAAUAAAUUGGACGAUGUUACCAAAGAUUUGCGAGAACUUAAAAAAUCCAAUGCUAAUACUGAUGACAUAGUCAACAAAGUAAGACAAGAACACGUUAAAUUUGAAGAAGAAAUAGAAUCGCUUAAGUUGUUAAACGAAGAAUUGAAGAAAGAAAACGAAACUCUAAAGGGAAAUUCGAUACAGUACGAAGAGAAGGUGAAGCUUCUGGAAGAAGAUUUGUCAAUUUUAUACAAAAAAGUCGAAACUGCGAGUGCAUCGGAAAAAGAGUUUCAAGCUUAUAAAUUAGAGAUUGAAGUUCAGUUAGAAAGUCUGUUGAAAGAGAAAUCAGAGCUUGAAAGUAUCCUCAGCAAAGCCGAAGAAAGAUUCAAAGGGGAACUGGAAGAAUGUAAUGCACGUGCAAACGCUUAUAAAAAAGAAAAUAUUGAGUUAAAAAAUGAGUUACAAAAACUUGAAGACUCGAUACAACAAAUAAAGAAGAAUAGCAACAAUUAUUUGGAAGAGAAGCUUAAGGAAGAAAUAGAUACGGCAAAAGUACGAAUGCUUAAAGAAAUGAAGAGCUUGGUUAAUUUGUCUUUUGAUGAAUUAAAAGAAUUGUCAAAUAAAUCAGUUACUGACAUGUUCCUUAUAUUUUUGACUACUAUUAUGACCAAAGAAGGAGAGAUUGUUAAAAAAUUAUAUGAAGAUCACGAAAAAAAUGUUAAAAAAUUAAAAGAAGAAUAUCAACAAAGUGAUGAUGCUGCUAACAAAGCCAAUAAUUGGGCUAAAACAUUGGAAACUGAUCUCGAAAAACUUCAGGUAGAUUUGACGGAACAAGAACGUAAGAAUAGGCGUUUCGAAGAUGAAGUACGUCGAUUAGAAGAGAAUUUAAAGGAAGCACAGUACGAGAAUCAACAGUUGCAUAAUAAUAUUAUCAGUUUAGAGUCUGAAAUUAAUUCCCUGCAGAUUGAGUUGGAUAAAAAAUCCAAAUCUAAUAGCGAUCGAGAUAACGUUAUCACUGCUGCUCUAGAGAAAGAAAAAUUGGCAAGAACUAAAGAACAAGAAUUGGAAGAUAGAUUGAGACACGAAAAAGAAAAAUAUGAACGUGCUGUAAAAGAACACAUUAUCCAACUCGAGUCUUACAAAUCUGUAAACGAAGAUCUUCGAAGUACUGUAGAAGGUCAGGAUCUUGAAAUUGAACAUUUCAAGAAUACUAUCAAUAUAAAAAAUCAGGAAGUGUCAGAAACAAUGAGAAAAAUUAUGAAGUUAGAGCAAACAAUACAAAACAUGGAAGAAGCAAACCAGAUCGUUCAAGCUGAAGUUUUAGAAAAAAAUAAAAAUAUUGAAGAAAUAACAAACCUCAUGAAAAUUAAAUGCGACUUGUUAACGGAGUAUAAAACCAAAGUUGAAACAAUGAAGCCGGAAUUCGAAAGUUUGCAUACUCAGAUAGCUGAUCGUAAAGCCGCCAUAGAAAAAUACAAGGAGGAUAUUCAUAAUAUGAAAUUAGAAAAUAAGAAACAACUGGAUAUGUUGCAAGACAAAUUAUCUGACGAAGAGAUCAAGUCGGCUGGACUGAGUAAGCAGCUUGCAGAAUUGAAAAACAAGAAUACAGCCUUAUGCACAACCAUCGAGGAAUUCAAGGAUCGCUGUGCUGAACUUGAGAGAAAUAAUGCUAAUCUUCAACGGAAGGUAAGGAACAGCACAAGUAAAGUUCGAGUAGAAAACGAAAUGCAAGAACUUCAAGAUGAAAAUAGAUCACUCAAAAACCAUCUUGAAGGUUCUUAUAAUCGCAUUAAAGAACUGCAAGAAUCAAAGUCUCAAGUUCAACUGGAGUUAACAGAGGCGCAAGCACAAAUUGGACUACUUGAGCAAGAACUCAAUACCACUCGAAUGUCUUUGGAUUCUUUAAGAGAAAAGUACAACAAUGAGCACUUGCAAGAACUUCGUGAAAAAUAUGAAUUGCUUUUACGCGAGAUCAAUAGUCUCAAGCACGAUAUUCAAGAAAAGAAUAUGUUGCUUGCUGACAAAGAUCAAAAGUUAACAGAAUAUAACAUCGAUUUAACCAAUUACAGAAAGGAAAAAACUACGCUUAAUAUUGAGCUGGAAACUAUUAAAAGGGAGAAAGUUAUACUUGAACAAAGGAUUUCAAUUCUUGUGGACGAGUGUGAGUAUAUCAAACGCAACAUAGCUGUUCAAAAAGACGAGGCAUACAAAGCGUUAGUGCUUGAAAGAGAUAGGUUACUACUAGAACUUGAAAAGUGUCAGAAGGAACAAUUACAGCUUGAAAAUAAAAACAAGGAACUUGAUGAGGAAGCAGAAGAAAUGUCAGACCUCAUUCAAAAACAAGAAAAUGAGAUUGCAGAGCUCCGAGAUCGGUUGAUAACAGGAUCUUCUAGUGGAAGUAUUGAAAAAGUGAUAAUACUAGAAGAUGAAAACGAAAAAUUGAAAAUCGAUCUAAGAGUAACAGAACUUAAUUAUACGAAAUUGCAAAAUGAAGUUGUUCGAUUGAAUUUAGAAAAAGAAAAACUAAUAUGCAGAAUCGAAGAUCUUAAUAGUGUUAUCGGAGAACUUGAAGCCAAAAACUCAAGCCGUAACAGUUCAAAGAGCAAUAGUCCGAAUACUCAAAGGGGUAGAAGGCGCCGCAGAAGAAGUGACGUUUACAAUCAAAACAGAAAUCUCGACCUCGAUAAUGAGAGAGAUAUUACUGACAUCGAAUCACCUUCCUCUACGCCAACUCCACCGAAUAUAACAACAAUAAUCGAGGAAUGCAAAACUUGUAGUGAUUUAAGGAAUCGCAUUCGAGAGAUGUCAAUUGAUCUGGUGUCACGUAACAGUAAAAUAACUCAGCUCGAACUUCAACUGCAAGCUGAAAACUUUCCUUACCAAAUGAAAUGCAAUGAAUUGAAAGAAAAUCUUCUAGCUGCCAACUCCAAAUAUGCUGAAUUGAAGCUAGAAAAUAAAAAAUUACAAAGGGCUUUAAUGCAAGACAGUUCUCGUGAAUGCCACGUAUGUAGACAUAAAAAACUAAACAAGAGGGACCAAUCUGUUCAAGCUAAUCCAGAGCAUAAAUUUUCUUUGACUGGAGUCGGUAGCGGAAUGGUCGAAGACCACUUGAAGCUUCAAAAAUUGGAAAAAGAAAAGAUUAUGAUGAAAGACCUCUGUAGGAACCGAGCGAAAAAAAUAAAAGAGCUGGAGGAACGCGUGAAAGUGCUCGAAGGAAUAAGAAUAUCGACGACUAGUUAAUUAACAAAGGAUACCU